AUGUCGUUGUGGGUGGACAGAUAUCGCCCGAAGAAAUUAAGCGAGCUAUCCUACCACUUGGAACAGGCUUGUGAUUUGGCUGAACUUGUGAAGUCUGAUGACUUCCCUCAUCUUCUCGUCCAUGGUCCAUCGGGUGCAGGGAAAAGAACCCGUAUACAUUGUAUCUUAAGGGAACUCUACGGAGCAGGAGCCGAACGACUGCAUCUAGACAAAAAGUCCCUCGUCACUCCUUCUAAUAGGAAAAUUGAAAUCGAUACCGUCAGCAGUAACUACCACAUAGAAAUUAAUCCUGGGUAA